AUGACGGCCUGUGGCCACAGAGACGUUGUUAACCCGAGGCGCCACCGGGGGCUUCAGGAACUGUCGAUGCUGGCAGAGGCAGGGCGAACGUUUCUGGGCCCGGCCAAAGCAUCCAAGUUUGUCAUGGGGGCUGAGGGCCAGGAGGUUGAACUGGUGAGGUCAGCACGGAGGCUGCUGGGUGCUCUGGAUCUCAGCAGUGCUGUGGGGCAGCUGCUGUGGGAAGCAGUGGAGGCCCAACACAGCGCACACCAUGUGGGCACCAGCACCCUCCUGUUCCUCGUGGGAGCCUGGAGCCGUGCCAUCGAGGAGUGCCUGCAGCUGGGUGUGCCCAUCCCCACACUAGUAGCCGGCAUGUCUGAGGGCCUCAGCAUCUGCCUUCAAGAGGUUCCUGCCCUCCAUGUGCCCCUCAGCAUGCCCAACUGUGACCCCAGCACUCAUGUACCCUCUGCCUCCUGGACACCUGCAGUCAGUUACCUGUUUCUUCAGAAAGACAAUGUCCCAGGAACUGCAGCUGCUUGUCUUGCUGAGAAAACUGCUGAAUCCUGUCCCACCCUCAGAGUCCAGGCAGGUGAAGUUGGAGAGACCACAGCACAGGCCAGUGAGGGGGGCCUGUUUGCAGAGCCCUGCCCCUGGAGGUUGACACUGAUGCACAGCAGGCAUUUUGCCAGGACACGCGGGACUCCAGGAGAGCGUAGGAUGGUUGCCCCCCACAUACACCACCUUGCAGGCCUGAGAAGCGUGGACACAGCCCCUAGGGCCCAUCCCUGGAUAUACAGUUGUGAGGUCCUGGGGGACUUGGCAGAGCUGGAAGCAGGCCUGAGUCAUGGGGACCCAGGCAGCAUGGAGCUGGUGAGUGCGGUGGCACGCUGGCAGUGGCAUAGCACCCCUGUGCAGCCAGGCACCAGCUUGGCACCCUUCUCCCUGGACCUCUCCCAAAUCUUCACAUGCUGUUUGCUGGGUUUUCCGAAAUCAUCAUCUUGUGUUUGCCCAGGCUUCGUCGUGACUGGUCUGCUGUCUCAGGCGGCUCUGGUGGCAGAAUUGCAAGCCCAGCCUAUUCGUGUGGUUCUCUUGGAGGGGGACCUCACCGUGAAUUACCGCCACCCGGGUUUCCGUGAGCCUGCAUGGCCCUGUACCAUGCUAGUCAGUGGGGCGGAUCUCCAGGGUGGCUCAGAGGAGCUGUGGGAGGAUCUCGUGCUACAGGUGCUCACCUCAUGCCAUGUGAACCUGGUCCUGGCCCAUGGGCAUGUGUCUGAGCACCUGCUGGAGCGCUGCACGAACAGUGGUUGCCUCGCCUUGGGCUCUAUCAGUGGCCAGGGGAUGCAGGCACUGGCAGAGACUUCCGGGGCCGUGCCGCUGGCCUAUGUCACACAAGUGGAGCAGCACUGCGUGGGCACAGGGCUGCGAGUAACCUUUGCAGGAAACAGGCCCUGGGAAGCGGAGGAGAGGACAGGCAGGGUGACCAUUGCACUGCAGGCAGAAGGCAGCCUCAUGGUCACGGCUGUGCUUGCUGAUCCAGUGGCUGCUCGGCUGCCCAUUCGAGAGGACGGGUUCUGGACAUGUGCCCACCGACUGCAUCAGGCGCUCCAGGAUGGGCAGGUCUUCCUGGGGGGUGGUGCUGUGGAGCUGCUAUGUCUCAGCCACCUGCAUGCGAUGGCUGAGCAGGGCUCCAGGAAGGACCACACCUCCUGGCCAUGGCUGCCUGCCGCGGCCUCCUGGCUGGCCUCCACUCAGGCCCUAUACAGACCCGCGGUGCUCCGGUGCCUGGCCCGUGGCUGGCACAUGUACCUGUGUGCCCUCCUGGUCAACACUACCACACACCCCACAGAGCUUGAGGCCAGCAUCUGCAUUCAGCGCCAAGUACAGGAGGCUGUGAGCUCGGGAGCUCCUGCCGCCUAUAUUAUGGGAAAAUAUGGGCAGCUUGGUUGUGGGGCAUCGAAUGUGGAGUCUUUGAACCAGCCAGACCAGGUUCCCAGGGUGUUCGACCUAGUCACCCCCAAGGUUGAGGCUUGGCGCCGAGCACUAGAUUUGGUGCUGUUGGUACUCCAGACGGACUAUGAGGUCAACACUGGACUUGGGCCUCCCCAACUAACUUCACAGGAGUCUGGAGACCUGAUAUUUUUGUAGCAUUAGUGGCCCACAGAGCCCUGUGCU